GCUUGCGGAGUGAAGGGUGAUAGGUGUCACUGUUCCAGUGGUGAACAAAGCAGUUCCGCUUAGGGGAACAGAGGGCUUUAGCCUGACAUCUCAGUGUCAAAGGGUUGGGAAUGGGAAGCGAUUCUCUCUGAGAGAAGCCAGGACUGUGGGCUCAAAACUGAGCACGCUGUGUGGUCAGAGGGAAUUGCUGUGGCUUUACAAGCCUCUUGGAGAUUUCAAUUGUUAACAGCAGUGAUUCCAAGGCAUAGUGUGGGGCCAGAUAUAAAUAGCAGGGCACAAGUAGGGUAAAGUGCCACUGCCAGGCGUCUGCUGGGAGUGGAUAUAAAGAGAAAGCAUUCCCUUCUCAGCUCUCCGUGUCAACACGUCUUACCCCAAGGACACACUCACGACAACUGAGAGGGAAUCAGUUUGAGACCUGGCGUCAUUUAAUCCUCCUGCACAGGUGCAGAAGCCAGAAGAAAAAAAUGAAGAAAGGACAUCUUGAAAUGGUCACUAUGCUGCUGGCAGCCAUGAUUCUAGUGGACAUCUUCCAGGUGAAGGCUGAAGUAUUAGACAUGGCAGAUAACGCAUUCGAUGAUGAAUACCUGAAAUGUACUGACCGGAUGGAGAUCAAAUAUGUUUCCCAACUGCUCAAGGAGGAAAAAGUGAGCCACCAGCUCUUAGAUACGGUGUGGGAAAGUGCCAAAGCCAAAUGGGAAGCCCGAAAGAGCCAGCUCUCUCUCCCUGUGAAGUUCAAGGAUAACCACGGGGUAGCUCUCAUGGCAUAUAUUUCUGAAGCCCGAGAGCAAACUCCCUUCUACUUCCUGUUCAGUGAAGCUGUGACGACGGCUGGCCAGUCUCGGAAAGAUUAUGUCUACGGCUUCCAAUUCAAAGCUCUUCAUUUUUACCUAACAAGAGCCCUGCAGUUGCUGAGAAGAUCUUGUGAUGACAGCUACAAAAAUGUGGUAUAUACAACAAGCCAGAACACUUCAUUUACAUUUGGAGGGCUGAACCAGGCCAGGUUUGGCCGUUUCACUUUAGCAUAUUCAGCCAAACCUCAAGCUGCUAAUGACCAGCUUACUGUGUUAUCCAUCAACACAUGCUUUGGAGUUGCUGUUGAAAAAUUUUUGGAUAAAGAAAGUGAAAAAAUUACUUUAAUACCUCUGAAUGAGGUUUUUCAAGUAUCACGGGAAGGGACUGGCAAUACCCUCAUGCUUCAAAGCACAAACAAGACCUGCAGCCACUACGAGUGUGCGUUUCUGGGCGGACUAAAAACUGACAACUGUGUUGAAAACCCAGAAAAUUUUCAAUCGAUCUAUGUCCACAACUCGGAUGAGAAAACCCAGACGCUUGAAGAUCCUGGGAUGGAAAUGCUCCAGCCCACCCUCAUACCUGGAAUGAAAAUUCAAGAACCUUUUCCACAACCUGGAAUAGAAGUGGUACAACCAGAUGGAAAACCUGAAGGCAAAAGCCAAGAAAACGUCAACAAUGCAAGUCCAGUUCCUGUUCCACGUCCCAAAACCCACCCUUCCGCAUCCUCCGGCAAAACGCUCCUCCCACCACUUGGGACCAUCGUUUUAAUCACUGCUUCUGCUCUAAAUCUUUGUGCCUUCACAGUUUGAUAUGUUCUUUAUCUUUCUUCUUUAGUGAAAUACGUUAUAGGGAUCCCACAGAAGAUCAAAAGAGAUGAUGUAUUUUUCACUUGUUGGCCAAAGUUAGUUGAUACAAUGAGAACUGUAUUGUUAUUCAUUUUAUAAAUUCAGAAUGUUGGUUCAGAUAUGUCACAGAAUUAACUUUUCACUCCUUUCUAUACUAAUCUUAUAAUUGAAAAAAAGCUCCAAACUGUAUACUUCUGAUGAAAUUCAAUGAAAGACUGAUUAUUAUAUAAUUUUAGAAUUGCCAAAUAUUAAAAUGUCCAAUACUUAUCUUAGUGGUUAACAGGAAUAAAGUAGUUGAAUUAGAAUGUUAAA